GCACCGCUAGAGGGAUUUCUUUUUAUAUGCUGUGAGGACGAGGCACGAGGUUUGGUUCUCCUGUGAAUCUAGUUUUAGCUUUAUUUUAAAAUAUUUAAUCUUAUAAUGUAUAAAAACGCAAAAUUACUUUCCGUCUGUUUAAGAUGUCUUUCUCGUUUCGAAAAUGCUAGAGGAAUCGUUAUUAAAUCCGGACUUAAUCAUAAUAUUUCUUUAAAUUCUCAACUUCGUAAUUUUCAAACAUCAAGUUGUGUGUUUAGAAAAGAUUAUUAUGAAAUAUUAGGUGUUUCAAGAAAUGCUGAUCAAAAAGACAUAAAAAAAGCAUAUUAUCAGCUGGCUAAACAAUAUCAUCCUGACAAGAAUAAAGGUGACCCAGAAGCUGCAAGAAAAUUCCAAGAAGUUUCUGAAGCAUAUGAGGUUUUGUCUGAUGAUUCAAAAAGAAGUCAAUAUGAUCAUUUUGGAGAUUUUGAUAAUGCUGCAGGAAGUUCUGGAUUUCAAGGAUUUCAUUCUACUGUAGAUCCGGAAGAACUUUUUCGAAAAAUAUUUGGUAAUUUUGGAUUUAAAAGCAGAGAUUUUUCUGAUUUUGAAUUUGAUGAGUCGUCAUCCUUUAAGUUUGGUUCCAAUCAUGAGGUCAUAGUUAAUUUAACAUUUAAAGAAGCAGCUCGAGGAGUAACUAAAGAAGUAUCUAUGAAUGUUUUGGAUACAUGUAUGAAAUGCAAAGGUUUUCGAUGUGAACCUGGUUGCAAACCAGUUAGAUGUCAUUUCUGCAAUGGAACUGGAAUGGAAUCUGUUAGUAUGGGACCAUAUGUAAUGAGAAGUACAUGUAGAAACUGUCAUGGAUCUCGAGUAUUCAUCAAGAAUCCAUGUAAAAUGUGCAAUGGAAAAGGUUCCACUAUUCAGAGGAAAAAUGUUACCAUUCCUGUUCCUCAAGGUGUAGAAGAUGGCCAAACAGUGAGAAUGAAUAUUGGUAGAAAAGAAAUAUUUAUUACAUUCAAGGUUGCUAAAAGUGACUACUAUCGAAGAGUAGGAUCAGAUAUACAUACAGAUGCCAGUAUUAAUUUGUCACAGGCUCUAUUAGGUGGGGUUAUCCACAUAUCUGGAUUAUAUGAAGAAAUUCCACUUCAAAUUCCAGCUGGAACAUCAUCUCAUACCCGUAUAUUUUUGAAAGGAAAAGGAAUGAAAAGAGUAAAUUCUCCAGGAUAUGGUGAUCAUUAUGUUCAUAUUAAAGUAAAAGUUCCUAUGAACUUGAAUGAAAAACAAAAAGCAUUGGCAAUAGCUUUUGCUGAAAUGGAAGAAACUGAUGGAACUGUCAAUGGACUAGCACAUACGACACGUGGUAAUUUAGCAAUAGAAGAUGCUUCUGGAUUGGUUCAUCAAAUUCGAUCAGUUCUUUCUAACUCGGAUGAAGAUGAAACUUUAGAUAAAAAAGUAGCGGAUAAAGAUGGAGAGAAAAUUAGUUUAAAGUAAUAUAUUGUAAAUUAAUAAUAGUGUUUAUCAUUUAUUGUGUGAGCAGUCUUAAAAUAUGUAUAUAUCCUGUAAACUUAGAGAUAUUAAAAUCUAAACUUUUAUAUAAUUUUUUGAUGCUCUGUUAUGUAUUAUUAGAAUUCAACAUUACAGCAUAAAGACAUCAUGAAAUUAUUAAUUUGUUAGAGUAAAUAAAUAUUUAAAGAAUUUUGACAGUUGCAAGACAAAAUAAAACCUUUUUAAUAAUUUCAUAUAUUUUUUUGUUUUAUAAAUCAGUUAAGAAUUACAUCCAUUAGCAAUACAACAAACUAUAUUUGUGCAAUUGUAUUUUCAAUAAUUGUUUUCAAAGCUAAAAUUUGCUUAAUUGAAGGAUUAACAAAUAUCUUAUAAUGAAACAACAGAUAGAUAUUUUAAACAAUUUUUAAU